AUGGACAAUCUAGAUUACAACCAGUUCAGCAUAAACAUUGUGGGAGCGUGCAUGGUAAUGGGGCUCUAUGUGACUCUACCAGUUUUGGGAUAUCUCAGUGACUCCCAUGGACCUGUUCUGUUAGCUAUGAUCAGUUUGAUUCUUUGUCCUGGAUAUUUUUUAGCUUCUGCAGCUUAUGAGUACCGAUUAAAUUACUCAUGGAUGUGUCUAGCAUUUUUCCUGAUCGGAUGCGGAACUUCGUCAGCGUACUUCUGCUCGCUGCUUACCUGCGCGAAAAUCUAUCCUGAACGAAAAGGCCUUAGCAUAUCGUUACCUGUGACAUUUUAUGGACUUUCUUCACUUGUUCUGGCAAAUUUGUUUAAACUGCCGGUGUUCAAAACGACUACAGGAGAAGUGGACAUUCUCAAAGUAUUCACAACAUUGGCAUUAUUGUACUUGCUUUUGGGCAUUUUCAAUUGGAUCUCUUCGAUUAUAGUCACCAUAGAAAAAGAAGUCGUCUAUCAGAAAAUUCAAGGAGAAUCCGAGCAGCGCGAAGAAGACAUAGAAAAUGAUGAAAGCACACCGUUACUUAAUAGUCAACUUCUGGAACCUGAGACACAGGGAACCAAGUUCAGACAGUUCUUGUCUAGCCCCUCCACAAAGCUUCUCUACAUUGCGCUCUUCUUCCUAGCAGGACCAUUGGAAAUAUUUGUUACAAACUUGGGAUCACUCACUGCAAUGGUUGGUGAUCUUUCCAAAAAGGAUGUUGCUACGCAAGUAAACUACUUCAGUAUGUUUUCGACCAUAACGAGACUUUUAAUGGGUGCCGCAACCGACUUGCUGGGGACGGUCAAAUCCACCACGCUAUUACUGGUGUCCGGCAUUGCUGUGGCUACGCUUUCAUUUUUCUUGAUUGCAAUAGAUUACAGUCACUUUUCCGUGAUUACGAGUCUUGUUGGCAUUGGAUAUGGGUCUGCAUUCACCCUAUUCCCAACUCUUAUUGCCACUGUGUGGGGAGUUGAAAUUCUUGGGUCUACUUGGGGUUUAUUCUUAAGUGCCCCAGCGUUUGGAUCACUGGUGUUCGGUAUGUUCUAUGCUUUCGAAUUUGACAAGUAUUGCGACAUCAGUAUUUCCAGCUGGAACGUAUACUGCCUGACGUUUCCCUUUGUCUUGUUUGCUGCAGGAUUUGCCCUGAGUGGUGUUCUCGUGUACCUCUGCUGGAGACUAUACUGGCACACCUCGCACCUCACACUAGAAAAUAAUUAA